UUUCUCUUUCCCCGUGGACCGUACCGCACCCGAUUUAUUUCAUGCAAUCCAUUCCCUUCUUAAUCAUCAUAUGGAACGCACCUCUCUCUCACCCAUUCCAUAACGUCUUCUGCUUCUUCGAAGAAGACCACCCUUCUCUUUGCGCGUGUCCCGUUCUCUUCUCCAAUUUUCCUCCAUCCCCACUGUGUGAUUGGUUUGAAUAUAUUGUGUUCGUAUACUCAUGAGUACCAUGGAGGUUAAGCUCUGGAAUGACAAGCGCGAGAGAGAAAUGUUUGACAACUUUGCCGAGCUUUAUGCCAUCAUAAAGGCCACUGAGAGGCUUGAGAAAGCCUAUGUUAGAGACAUAAUCUCACCCCAGGAAUAUGAGUUGGAGUGCCAGAAGCUCAUUGCUCAUUUCAAAACCUUAGCUUCCACCCUUAAAGACACUGUGCCUAGCAUUGAGCGGUUUGCAGACACUUAUAAGAUGGAGUGCCCGGCUGCACUAAACCGCCUUGUGGUGUCUGGUGUGCCUGCUACGGUGGAGCAUCGCGCGACUGCAGCUGCCUCUGCUUCCACUUCGGCUGCUGCUGUGGCUGAGUGUGUGCAGAAUUUUAUUACAUCCAUGGAUUCCUUGAAACUUAACAUGGUGGCUGUGGAUCAGGUGCAUCCACUGCUCUCGGACCUUUAUGCUUCUCUCAAUAAGUUGACAAUCCUGCCGCCCGAUUUUGAGGGUAAAACCAAAAUGAAAGAAUGGAUUGCAAGGUUAUCCAAGAUGGGUGCAGCUGAUGAGUUGACGGAACAACAGGCGCGGCAGCUUCACUUUGAUCUUGAGUCUUCUUACAAUUCCUUUAUGGCAGCCCUACCCAAUGCUGGUACAUGAUUGAGUGGCCAGUGUGCUUGUACAUUAAAUCAGAAUUUCCCUCUUUUUUUUUUUUCUUUUUUUGUAUUUGCUUUGGUUAUUAAUCUUGUUGAUUGGAGGAAAGGAAUUUUCUAUUUGGUUACAGCUUAUACAUUUUUAAUGCUGGUUCCUUGGAUAUUUACUAAUGAUGGCUUUGUGCUGAUCAUUGAUGUUUCAUUUUAUAUUGUGGACUA